CUCAAGAGAAUGACUCAUUCGCGAAUCGGACAUCCCUAGUGGCACCAUGGUUACCAUAGCAGCAGUCAAACAAUUUCAAGUCAGUGUAAACCUAGGCUCGACUCAUUUAUUUUGAACGUUAAUAAAAAUUUCGCCGUCAUAUUUCUUCCAAAAAUAUCAGAUGAAAUCGUGUUAUGAUUGAACUGUGUGUUUUAAGCGUUCAGGUGUGAGAAAUUUGCUAUGUCAGAGCCGGAGUGUGAAACUGUGAGUCCUGAAGCCAGAUGCGCCGCGGAGCAAAGCAUGUCACGAGAAGUCAUUCAGACAGAGACUGAAGUUCAUGAAGACGACGAUGAAUCCACGCACGAAAUCAAAGUGGACGUCUGUACAGCCACAGACGUGCUUUUACAAGAAGAAAAUAUCACGGAAUUAAUUAAAGACCAAGACGAAAUAACCCAACAAGGAAGUGAAUCCAACCAGACACUUUCAUCCAGUGAUGUCGGAAGCUCUACAGCAACUGUUAAGAUCCUGCUGAUGCCAGAGAGGCAUAUGAUAACGGUGGCCUUCACUAUUGGCCUCACAAUCCUGGAUCUGAAAAAACACUUCAGCUCAGAGCUGAGGGUCCCAUCAGACAUCAUACAAAUCACUCUAGAUGAAAAAAGUGUGGAUGAUGACCAGACGCUGAUGGACAUUGGUGUGCAGCCUCAUGGGAUGGUCCAAUUUGAGAUGAGCUCACUAGACCCCGAGAAUUACCCCAUGAGACCAGUCAAACCACUGCAGGAGUACAACAUGCCGGAUGUCAUCACUGUCAGGGUGCAAACAGACUCGUAUCAGGAUGUGGUGGUGGAGAUUGAAAGAGCCACUCGAGGGAAGGCGUUUCUGGGAGGAUACUGUCAUAAAGUGACCAAGGCGGAGUAUCAUCAUGCUGCUGUACAGACGAUGCCUAAGAAGAGGCCUGACAAGGGUGUUGAGAUGUUCAGCAGGGAUACACAGACGGUUGAGUUGAAGAACCAGGAUCAGCAGUGCUCCAAGAACGCCUCAACUCAGAUGACCAAAAUCGGCUGUUAUGUGUCCAACAUGGAGGACAAACUCAUCACACCAGGGACUUACAUCACUGCAGGAGAGUAUCACAGCAAGAGACUGAGAGCUGUCAUUACACUACAGUCAUAUGUCAGGUGCUGGCUAGCCAAGUGUUUCAGAGACAGCUUGAGACAGGCUAAAGAGCAGCAUCUGGCAUGGCUGGAAAAUGAAAAGAGAAGGAAGAAAGAGGAGAAAGAGCAGCAGAUCAGAGAUGAAUAUCUCCGCAGGAUGAAUCCGGAGUCAAAGGCAGACUUUGAUCUGCUUUAUAAUGCCUUGAAAAAAUGGAGGAUAGAGGAAGUGGAACACAUCAAUAUCACCUUAUCUGGUGCGGAGAGAAAGGCAGCACUGUGCGCUCUACUGGAGCAAGAGACCCAGUUCAUCUCCUCCAUAGAACGGCACAGAAUGGCUGCAGGCACGAGGAACCAGGAUAAGGCCGUACAAGCCUUUCUCAACAAGUGUGCAGAAGCAAAGAAAUGGCGUGCAUUUGAUGGUAAGGUGACACAGAUGGACACGCAGUUCACCAUCAGAGCCAAGGAGCUGCGAGACCUGUACAGUAGCAUCAUCCAGGCUCAGUUCACAAAUGACGAACGUCUGGAUGUGCUUCUCAGUCUCAAACACACCGUAAAGGAACAUAAAUGCAAGCUAACACAGGAUAUAGUGGACUUGAUUGACAGGGAGGUGGACCUGCUGAUGAGGGGCGUUAAAAAGAGCAACCUGGAGGGGUUGAGGAAGAGGAUAGCCACCCUCUUUCUCCAGUUCAUCAAAACCCCUGCGUUCAACCCUCAGGUGUCCAAAUUUCUGCAGGUGCCUCAGGAUCCUGCUGACCUGAAAAAGAACAUCUAUUUGUGUCGUGGCUGUAAUGAGUAUCAGUCAUCCACUGACUUUGCUCUGAAAACAAACGCAUCUUCGGUUGGCCUCUGUCGCUGCUGUAUGGAUUUAGACAAUGAGGCUCGUCGAAGAGAAGACUUCUCUCUUUACAAGAACAUUCUCAGGUGCUUGCGUGAAUCUGAGGCCGAGUGCAGCCCAGAAGCCAAAAUCACUUACCUGCUGCAGGAGCAGGACCUGCGGUACCUGGUGGAUGUGCUGUGGGGGGCUCAGUCUGCUUUGAGUGGCUGGAAAGACCUUCACGAUUUACUGCUGGUGCGCUGGGAGAAGCAUUUGGACUGGAGCCCAUGGAACUGCAUCCUACUUACAAAGGACGAGGCGGCUGCACAUCUCAAACUGGAGAACAUCGAGAAGGCAUACGAUGUGGUAGUUAUCCGUAACGUCAAGCAGAAACACGCAUUGGCCAGGAAGUACUUCUCCCAGAUUCCUGUGAUGGCCGAAUGUCUGCUCGAGCCAGCUGCCCUCAGCAACCUGCUGGUCUCCAAACCUAUCACCAAUGCAACCAAGUAGAAUCGCAAAGAAGCUACCCACAAUCCUGCGGGGUGCUCAGGGACAUCUGCAGCUUCACUAUUUGUGGACAGUAAAGUAUGAAGAUCCAAAACCUUAAUAAGAGUUCUUCUUCAAGAUCAUUUAUCGAAUUUGAAUAUCUUAUAUGUUAAUUAAAACCGUGAGUAGCAGGGCCGUUUUUUUUGUUUCUACUGCAUUGCACUGUGCAAUUUGGAAUUUGCAAGUCUUUCGCUUCUCUUUGCAUUAGGAAUCAUUCAUUAGGAUCAUUCAUUAAUGCUAAUUACUUAUCAUUUGGCAGUAAUUGAAAAAGAAGUUUUAAUUUUAUUUUCAACUUCAUUGGAAUUUUGUAAAAUACUAAUUGGUAAACAGAGCAGCAUAACUACAAUCCUGUGAAAAAUGCGUCAUUAGCAUGUUAUGAGUCUUGAGUACAAAGUAAGCUGCAUAAAAAAAAAAAAUUGAGAUUAGACUGACAAAAAAAGUAGAUUAUCCCUCCAUGAUUGCUCCAUACAAAGUUAUUUCCGGGAACACUACGGGAGCCUGAAAAGCAAGUUCAAGAGGUAUUAAUUAGACCUUUGCAAAUGAUAUAUAGCCUAGAUCUAAUCAGGAGGUGAGCAAUCUAAGAUCUGCAAUUAUAGGAAAAGGUCAAGAACCUCCUGUGUCUCCUUUAGAACAAAUGUGAACGAGACCACCAGCACCACAGGACUAACAGCUGAAAGAAUGACUGUAGACUGCUGAUAAAGUGAUGAAAUGUUUAAGUUUUAUUUCUCUUCGUCCAUUAGGUGAGUUUAUAAGCUGUGCUUAAUAAAAUGGGUUUUAUUAGAGAUUUGGCUUAUCAUCAUGUUUCUUGGCACAGACCCUAUCACUGUCAUUCUGUGAUACUGUAAGGAACAUUAAUGACAUUCAGUUGAACUUCAAAAAUAGACUGAACAUGAUAACAAAAAAUGCAGCUAAUAGGGUGGAGGACAUUUGAAAAACAUUUCAGCAUUUUUAUAAGAAUUAAAUAAAAAGUGUUUGUGGGUUCCUGGGUCUUUAAAAACUGUAAUGGCUACUACUGUAAUCCUUUAAAUCAGUAACAAAGAAAACACUUGGUAUUAUGAAAAAGUUGGUGGGCCCUGAGAGCAACAUUUUUUGUUAGGUUAUUGUUUGAUCUAACUGUCUGUGUAUGAAUAAAGCAAGGCAAAGGUGAGUCGAGAUUUUCUCCAUUAUUUUUCCCACCAGUAUUGCGCAAUCUUUUGUAAUCUUUGGACGCUGGAGACAGCUUUGAUCUUUAUAAUGCUCAUAUUGAUAACUAAUUUGUGGAGUUUUAUGUAAUCUCUGAUAGACCUGUUCUGUUGCGAUUAAUGUGUAAUAGUGCAGACAGGAUGAAGUGAUUGUUCUGUCCAAGUUAUCCAAUGAUGUUUCAAGGAAACACUAUUCUGCAUUUCAAAUCCUUGGUAAUCCUGACUGUGAAAUGACAAUCGUAAAGGGAGGUCAUGAAGACAUAACUUCAACAGCAUCAACUAACCUCAGCGCCUUCAGGCAGAUUUGAUAUUACAGCCAGUUAUAGGCCAACUCUUUGUGACUUUUUCCAUUAGAUUCACAAGUUUUCCAUUGCCACAAUUUAUGAUUCACAAAGUUAUGGUAGCCUUUUCUGUCUCAGGAAAAAAUAAGAGAUACAGAUAAAAAU